CACAGCCCUCCAGGAAGCAUCAUCCACGCGCCGUUAUGUUCACGGCCUCCAGCGCUGCCAAUGCGCGGGAGGCAGCGGCAUAUAAGAGCUGCCAUCGUCCCGUCAUGUGCACCAUCCGUAUCCUUCCUUCCGCCCGUCAGCCUUCACAGUGGCCUUCUUGAGUUCUACCUGCCUCAGGCUUUGCAAAUUAUAUCUUGGACUCACUAUCAUACCUAUCAAACCGAGUGUUCAUCUGUUUCUUGUGAAGAUUUGAGCCUUUGGCCCGCCAAUCAUCCAUCAUGGCUCCACCACAGCGCCGUAUCAUGCAGCACAUUGACCGCAAGGAGCUGUAUACGAAUCUCGAGACAAGAAUACACUAUUUGCAUUCGUUCCUGGACUUCAGUUCCAACGACAUCGAAGCCCUCAUCUCCGGCUCCAAAUACAUCAAAGCCCUCAUCCCCGCCAUCGUCAACAUCGUGUACAAAAAGCUCCUCCAAUACGACAUCACCGCGCGUGCCUUUGAAACUCGCAGCACAUCCUACGAAGGGCCGGUCGAUCUGAGCCUGACUGAAGACUCGCCGCAGAUACUGUACCGAAAGAUGUUUUUGCGCGGAUAUUUGAAUAAACUGUGCUCCGAUCCUAGCAGGAUGGAGUUCUGGGAGUAUCUGGAUAAAGUCGGCAUGAUGCACGUCGGCCGCGGCCGCACCCACCCCCUGCACGUCGAAUACGUCCACAUCGGCGUCACCCUCUCUUUCAUCCAAGACGUGCUCACCGAAGCGCUCCUCUCCCACCCCCGCCUUCAGAUGUCCCGAAAGAUCGCUCUCGUCAAAGCGCUAGGGAAAGUAAUCUGGAUCCAGAACGACUUGUUCGCGAAAUGGUACGUGCGCGACGGCGACGAGUUUGCUGAGGACAUUAAAGUGCCUGAGGUGGAACGAGAAGGGUAUCUCCAUGGAAAGAAAGUGGUGCACGAUGGGAGCGAGAGCGAGAGCGAGGCUGAGUCCGAGACGGGCGGUGGGUGUCCGUUCAAGGGAAUGGCAAGGAUGAAUCUUUCAGGGGACGCUCCCGCUAGGCGGCCCAAGGAGAGCCCACCUCCAGUGCCUCAGAGCACGGGAAAGACGCCAGAACCGGCGGCAGCUUCCUCACCAGAAGCACAACUACCGGCUAGUCCAUCGACACCGAGUCCGAAUCCAAACCGGCUCUCUGGAAGUGCGAUUCCGAGGCCUGUUUAGCUGUUAUAUGGAGUACUUUGAUAGGGCAUCAAGUAGGGUAUUUUGGUCUCCACACAUGUUCAAUAUCCAGUCUCAGUAUGCUUGCUGCCCUCCGGCGCAUGAUUCCCACUAUCUAUUCUAUCUUACAAACGCUACAAAUCAUCUCUAAUUAAAUGUCAUUCUGCUACUCUCAAACACUGUUCUCAGCACCCUCAACCAGCUCAACACCCUUCCCAUCUACACCCGCUUCCGGGGCAACUG